UCCGCUCGCAGACGUUUCAGCGGACGAAUUGACAAAAACGCAUCGUGAAAGUUUCUUAUUAGUUUAAAUUAUGGCCCUGUGCGGGACACACCCUGUAUAGUCGAACCGUUGGAAUUAAAUUCAAAAUAUCCUUAAAUUCUGUGACGAACACACGUUUAAAAAAAGAAAAUAUGGAUCCCACGGACUCCACGAUGGAGGUUGACGAAAUAAAGACCGAAAAAUCGGAAAACAAAUUGCCGUUUUCUAUAGAAAAUUUAUUAGCGGAUAAAUUCGAAAGACAGUGUUUUAACGAAUUUUCGGACAAUGCUAAUGCGUCUACUAGUGGUGUGACAAGUGAUUUGAAAAGUAAUUACGUGAGUGAUGUGCCGGAAAAUAUCGAUUCUGAUGAUGAUGAUCGAGUCAGUAGCGACAGCUCGGAAAAUGUUGACGUUGAGAGCUCGACCGUUGGCGAUGCGCAGGAGUUUCUUGAUAUGAAAUCUACUGAUUAUUCGCAAUCAGAUAAAGAUAUGGUUCCAAAACCGUCGAACAAAAUGGAAGCGAAAAUACACAAACGACAUCGAACUUCUUGCGCAGCAGUAUUACAGCAGCCUUGGAAUCGUCAGCCCUCGACCAAUGUUUGUCGGAGACCGUCUCUGGAUCUUCAACUACCCAAACAGAGUCCCCCCGACACAACAACAGCAAUGGAUAAAAUCUCUUAACACAAUGAACGCGCAAAAUCAAAUAAUCGACCGAACAAACAUGUUUCGCACUUUACCAAAACCCGAUGUUCCAUUUCUUAACCCCAGUGUGUAUCCGAACGACAGAGUCUUCAUGGACCGCGGAGUAAGUUUGUCAGGAAACGUCAAUGUCAAAAUUCCCGCCCAAAAUCGAAUUUUGCCGCGAGAAGUUUACAAUAAUAUGGCUCAAAGAAGCAUGGAUGUUUACAAAAAUAAUAUUUUAAGUCACAGCAGCCCACCGCAAGAGUCUAAUGUUGAUCAUUUGAGAAGACUGGAGGAGAAUUUCAGUAUUUAAAAUUU